AUGUCAUCUUCCUUCUCAGACACACUCCAGUUCCGUUUCUCCAGCCCCGCCCACGAUGACUCCAUCCUGCAGAAGAUGAGCCAGCUGAGAGAGGAUCGACGCUUCUGUGACGUCACCCUCGUCCUCGGAUCGGGGUCGUUCCGCUUCCCGGGUCACCGGGUGGUCCUGGCGGCCUCCUCUGCCUUCCUCCGGGACCAGUUCCUGCUGCACGAGGGGAGCCGGGAGCUGCUGGUGACCGUGGUGCCCAGUGCGGAGGUGGGCCGUCGGCUGCUCCUGUCCUGCUACACAGGCCACCUGGAGGUCCCUCUGAGGGAACUGGUCAGCUACCUGACGGCAGCGAGCGCACUGCAGAUGAGCCACGUGGUGGAGAGGUGUGCCCAGGCCAUCUCUCAGUACCUGGACCCCACCCUGGCCCACCUGAAGCGGGAGAGGAGCCCAGAGACUGAGGGGACCCCUCCACCACCACCAGACAGCGUUAAACGCCAACCCAGCUCAGCAUGUCUGGACGAGGGGGAGAUGGAGGGGGAGACCCAAGAGGACCCAGAGGACAGGGACCACAGCCUGGACUCAGAAGACACUCUGGACAGUGUCCACAUGGUACACACUAACAGCCCGUACCCUUACAGCCCGUACCCUUACCCGACGGGCGCCCACAGACGCAAGCUGCGCCCGCCCACGCCAUGCAGAGAGUACAGGAAGAGGACCUUCUCUCCAGCAGGAAGUCCUGCCCACAGCAGGUCAGGACUGGCUGACAGCUCCCAGGAUCAGGAAGUGGGCGGGGACUCUGGAGAGGACAUAUACAUGCUUGCUGCUCGUCACAUGCAGGGGGUUGGGGGCGGGUCUCCCGAGUCCUCCUUCGGGGUUCUGACGGGGGCAGAGUUUUCGGGACUGGGAUCGGAGAUCCUCCUACAGAGACCCUACCUGUGCAGGAAGUGUGACCGAGUGUUCCACCACCUGGACAGCUAUGUGGGACACAUAAAGGAACACAAGCUCUACCCGUGUCUUCUCUGUGGGAAGAGCUUCAGCCAGAAGAGCAACCUGACCCGACACAUCAGGGUUCACACAGGGGUCAAGCCCUUCCAGGUGAGUGGAACACACCCCUCCACCCUUACAGUGUUUAAAGCACUUUGAGCAUCUUGACAAGCUCCUGCGGCCACAUAUACUAAAAUGUUUGUAUUUUAGUAUUGUUUGUAUGUAAUGUAUUGCAAUCUGCUUUGGAUGUCACUGUCUGCUAAAUUGUAUAUAUUAUUAUUUUAUUACUGUAUUAUUAUUCCAGUGCCCGCUUUGCCACAAGACCUUUUCCCAGAAGGCCACGCUGCAAGACCACCUUAACCUCCACACAGGGGACAAGCCACACAAGUGCAACUACUGCGCCAUCCACUUCGCACACAAACCAGGCCUCCGGCGCCACCUCAAGGACAUCCACGGCAAGAGCAGCCUGCAGAAUAUGUUUGAGGAGGUG